GUAAUAUAUAUAUCUAUAUGCGUAUCUUUAAAUAUUUACCAUAAGCUCCAUAAGAUCAUAAUAAUAUAACAAAUGGGUAUUUGUCAUUCCUUGACUAAAGUAAAAAGAAAAAAGUAUGAUGAAAAUUUUUUCAUAUCAAAUGGACUCACCAUCGGUGUUGAAACUCCAAGUAAGACUAAAUUGGAUUUCACAAAUAGAUUACCCCAUGGCUCACAAAAGGUUACGAUGCACAGCGUUUACGAUGGAGACACUGUGACUGUUGUGCUCAAUGAUAAAUCCCUUCAAAAAGUUCGCUUGAUUGGGAUCGAUUCCCCAGAAAUGAAUCUCCAAGAACCUUUUGCUGUCGAAUCCACCAAUUUUGUAAAAAAAUGUUGCCCUUCAGGCUCGGAGGCAUGGUUAGUCACGUCAUCCUUACCUAAAAAUUUAUACGAUAAAUAUAAACGGUUGUUGGCUUUUAUAUACGUUCCAACUACCACUGGCGGUCCAGGUUAUCGCCUCCUCAACGUCACACUCAUUUUGGAAGGCCUGGCAUUUUUUUAUGCUCCUAAUGGCGCUGAUCUUCUUGAUAAACGAAAUCUGUUGUUAUCUGCACAACGGUUAUCUAUCAAAAAGAAGAGUAAACUCUGGAGUAUUGCCCCUCUAAAACGAAUUGUGUAUCUAACGCGGAAUGGGAUUGCAUUCCAUUCUAAGACUUGUGUGUACGCUAAAAAAAUAUCGGAAAAGAUUAAUGUAGAAAACGCCGCCCUAAGAGGGCUUAGUCCAUGUAGAACUUGUAAACCUUUAACAUAA